AGCCAUUCAGUGCUAGGAAUUGUUCAAUGGGUGGUGGUAGUCGUAACGUCACGAUUCCGCCAUUCUGUGCUCUGUCCCUUUAAAAGCACUCGGUGGUUUCCGGAGUUAGUCGGCAGUGCUCGUCAUCAACCUCUUUCACUGCGGCUCCAUCGCCGAGCGGACUGGCCCGCUGCUCUCAUCCGAGAACUCAGUGCACACUGCCGGAUCUAUUAAACCACCAACACCGGCUCCCUGAAAGCCUCCAGCUCCUGUCAAAAUGCAGGCUAUCAAAUGUGUGGUGGUGGGAGACGGGGCGGUGGGUAAGACCUGUCUGCUGAUUAGCUACACCACCAAUGCCUUCCCCGGUGAAUACAUCCCCACUGUCUUUGACAACUACUCCGCCAAUGUGAUGGUGGAUGGGAAACCAGUGAAUCUGGGCCUUUGGGAUACAGCAGGACAGGAGGACUACGAUAGGCUCAGACCACUGUCUUACCCACAGACGGAUGUGUUCUUGAUAUGCUUCUCCCUGGUCAGUCCGGCCUCCUUUGAGAACGUCCGAGCUAAGUGGUACCCCGAGGUGAGACACCACUGCCCCAACACGCCCAUCAUCCUCGUGGGCACCAAGCUGGAUCUGCGAGAUGACAAGGACACCAUUGAGAGGCUGCGAGACAAGAAGCUUUCCCCCAUCACCUACCCACAGGGCCUGGCCAUGGCGAGAGAGAUUGGGGCCGUGAAGUACCUGGAGUGCUCCGCGCUGACCCAGCGAGGCCUGAAGACGGUAUUCGACGAGGCCAUCCGAGCCGUGCUCUGCCCUCCGCCUGUGAAGAAGAGGGGGAAGAGGUGCACCAUGUUCUGAGGAGGAAACCCCGCCCCCCCUACACUACACUACAUCACCAUGUACAACAACCACUACUUCUCUGAGAGGAUGAGAGAGAAAACUAGCAAGAGUGAGUGUGCACUGCUGAGAUUGCUUUCUUUAUAUUGAUGUUUUUUCAAAGCGACAUUGGUAUAUUUAAUCCAAUUUUUUUACCAUAACUGAAUAGGCUCAUAGUUUCUCUGUGAAAGACAUUGACUGUCCACCUACUUUGUACUCAUAGAACCACAUCAAGUUGCCAUGAGGGCUGACAAAGGUCUCCAUUUACUGCAUUCUGCGACAUCUCUUCUUUUUCAGCCAUGCUUGCUUGAAUUAAUGCACUGUUGACGAGAUGGAAAGGGAACUAUGAAUACGCCUUCAGGUCUGAAGUUACCCUCAGCUGCUGAUCUAAGAUCAGCAUGCAAUGCGUACUGCUGGCAUGCACACACAAAUCUGUUGGAAAAAAUGAUACUACUGCCUGCGUUCACUAAACUUCACGACUAGAGCAUAAGUCAAAGGGAAAUUCAGAUUUUUUUUUUUUUACAACCAAUUUUUUGUAGUCUUGGCCCCUCAUUCCAACCAGUGAUGACGUAAAUGUUGAGAUUUCAGGAACCUAAUGAUUCCAGAAACACAAGAAAGUGCUUUAACGAAACUGCAGCUGCUGUUCUUCAUCCUGACGCGUUCUCCUUCAAUGGCCCCAGGUCUACAGCUAGUUUAAAGGGGAACCGUUGGAUCUUUCAACCCGGCCCCUAUUGUCCCAUGUUUUUGUGUGUAAGUGACUAAUGAGGACAAGAAUUUAGCCACCGAGCUGCGAGGGCAACUCCUCACCGUCAACAGGCAGUCACUAGAAGUCAUUUGUGUCUCUUUUGAAGCUCCGAUUGUUUUUAGAAGUGUCCUUCCAACAUUAUGGAAAGAACCCUCCGGAGAGGGAAGAGAGGAGGAGGUGAGCGAUGAUUAUUAUUAUUUCUGUCCAAUGCAAUAUUAUUUGUGAUGUAGGGAGAGCAUUUAGCUAAAGGGGAGGUGGCUUGUUGCCUGGAGUAUGUGAGGGUUGGAGAGUGGUGUGUCCCAGGAAGAGUUUGUUGUGAUGGAAGACAGAAAGCGUAGUGUAAGAUUUAUUAUUGAUUUAUUACACAGUACACAGACGCUGUGACCCUGUGUUCAGAUCUCACAACGAGACUUGAGCGAGACUUGGUGAGGAAGUGAAAGGUAAAAAAUAAGUUAUAUUUCUCCUGCGGGGUUCUUUCCAUUAUGUUGUCAGACACACGCUGAGCCCGUCGGGUAAAAGAACAACAAGCACUUUUACUGGACAUUCAUUGACCGUGAGGAGUUGAUCGAGCAAUUACACCUGCAGCGCUCUCCCUCAAUACCGGAGCAAAUAGGGUUCAAUAGUCACAAAUACAUGGGAGAAUAGGGUCCAGGAUGAACAAAUAAAUAAAUAAUAAAAAGCGCCAGUGAACCCUUGAGAUCAUUUUGUCAAAUAAAAAAAACAUUUCGCUGUCUCACCCGAUCUGUGCUCUCCUUUACGAUGGACAGAGACCACGGUGGCGUUCUUACUGUGGACAAACAUCUGAUCUUAGUCCAGUGUCUUUGGGUAACUUCAUCUAACUGUGAACACGUGACAGACAAGCAUGCCAAACAUGGGGGCCGUACACCCUUGCUGCCUGAGUUCUGCCUCUGAGGCUGGAGGAGCUUGCAUGGGUCUUAAAAUAUUCUGUCUUAAUUUAUCCCAUUAUUCUUGAUCUUGUCUGUGUGUGUGUGUGUGCGUGUGUGCGUGUGUGCGAGCGUGCGUGCGUAUGUGUCUCUGCGCACGAGCGUGUGGACGAGCAUGUGUCGUAUCAGUGAGGCAGCUUUGUUUCACGGUUUGGGGGCAGUGCAUAAAAGACAGUAUUGUUUUGAGCCAAGUUUUUUAGUGUCCAGUCUUUUGGUACUAUUUCAUAUUGUAUUGUAGUAAACACGAGACUUUUCAACAAUCUGUGGACAUAAAGAAAGAAAGGGAGAAAAAAAAUGAAGGAUAUUAAUGACAUCUAGUGAUGUAUGGAAUAAUCCUUAGAAAAGGAAAGCGUUAUGAAUAUCUACAUGUACCUGAAUAUUUAGCUCUUAAAACUAAAACAAUUGAAACUAAAGGGAUUAUAGUUGCUUGUGUUGAAGUUAGAAGUGUUGCUAACAGUGUACAAUAAUAAAGGGGCCGAUCCUUGUGGAGCUUGAAAUGCAUCUCUGUGUGGUCACAGGCCGGCAGUGUGUCUGUCUCCCUCUCGUGGCGAGACGCAGCACUGCGGUCCAUCCGUCACGCUGUCUUUGGUUGGCAUAGCAAACUGUGUGGUUGAAUCAUGUCGUGUGGUCCCGCCCACUGAGGUGUUGAACUGUAGAGGAGAAAAGACACUCUAAUCUACUAUUGCAUGGAAGUUCUCUGGUUAUUUGACCCACUGUAAUUCUUAGGAGAGGUUGUAUAAUGAAAUGCAUUGGCCAUGUACGUAUGUAAUGUAAGAUGACUUGUAUACUUGUUCCAACUGUUUGUCUUAUUUUUUAUUACUUCACGUCUGUGUGGUGAAAUAUUUCAAUUUUUUGUAUACUAAAUACAAAUGUAUAUGUAAGGCA